AUGGGGCGCACCAUCGACCAAGACGUCCACGCGGCGUUUGUCGAGUUCAAGGCCAAAGAGGACGACAAGUGCAUGUCCGUCCAGUGCAUCUACUGCCAACAGAUCCGAGCAAAGAACACCUCGCGCCAGAAGCAACAUCUGCUUGAGUGUCCCGGCUUACAGAAUCAUCCCAAUGCCCCUCGACCUCAAUCCUCCUCCGCUGGUGAUGGCAUCGCCGCACCUAAUGGCUUCGGCACGCCAUCCAGCCUACACACCUCCAAUGGUCCCAUCACAAAUGGCAUUGCUACCCACAGCACUCCGAUGCAGGGCAUCGCGACCACCUCCUCAAUACCCUCCCAGGCGCCACAAUCGGUGACCAGCACGCCCGUUCAAAGGCAAACGCCCAAACCACAAAAGACACCCAAGAACACUCCUGGCUCGAAUCUCCCUGCUCCACCUCUCGACGACGUCCAUGCCGCCUUUGUGGAGUUUAGAGCGAAAGAGGAGGACAAAUGUUUGUCGGUUCAAUGCAUCUACUGCAACCAGAUCAGAGCCAAGAACACGUCCAGACAGCGCCAACAUCUGAUGGAAUGUCCCACUUAUCUUAAUGUCAUGAAGGAAUCCAUCCCUGCAAACAAUCUUCUCCAUCGUUUCGAUGAAGGAGAUAUUGCUCGUUCGUUGUCACUGCCAGCACCUACCCUGGAGCUCGAUUUCCGCAUCAGCAUCAAGCUCAACCCCAAAAUACCCGUGGGCAGCAGUCUGUAUGGUCAUCGCGAGUGGGUAAGCAUAGUCGGAGGCCAAUGGGCCGGCAGAUGGGGCAAGGGGAUCAUCAUUCCUGGCGGCCAGGAUAAACAAUUGGUGGUCAAGGACCUGGCAACUCGCAUUGAUGCCGACUAUCUCCUCCAAACCAAUGACGAGCCUCCCGCCUAUAUCACGGCACGAUCCAAGGGCUGGCGCACCGGCAACAAAGAGGUGCUCGAACGUCUCAACGAACCAUCAGUCGCAGACACGCUGCCAGCCAACCAAUACAAGUUCCGUAUAUCUGUGGAGCUGGAAACCGGAGACGAGCGGUACGCCUUUGUCAAUACCUGCAUGUGGAUGGGAAGCGGAUGCCGUAGGGCGACCGAAAUCAUCUACGACGCCUACCGAGUCGGCUAG